GCAGCUUCGGGUACCCGAGAGACAGGACGGCGCGGAAGUGACUUCCUCCCGGGACGCUGUUGCCUAGCAACCGCCGUCCACCUCCGCCUUUGGUCCCGCCCCCCCAGCCGGGCUGAGUGCGGGAUCCGGAGUGCGGCCGACCGGGCCUGAGACCCCGCGCGGCCUCGGGGUCCUGGCGCCCGCGGCUGCGGAGGCCGGGUGGGCGCAGAGCCAGGAGCCGCGCAAACAGGACGCCGCCGCCGGGUCGGCCCAGCUUCCCGCAGCGGGAAGGCGAGCUCGGCACAGCCCCUCUGGAAGCUCCGGCACCCGGCCUGGCUAGCGGCUCGUGAGCGGAGGGGGCGCGAGGGAACAGCGCCGGCUCCGCGGGGCGCAGCGCACCGCUCCCCGAGACGGAGCCCUGUGCGGUGGGGGUGUGCGGCUCAAGGCUGUGCCCCGCGGCCGCCUCGGUGGCCUUUGGAGUGCAGAGCGGCCGUGCUCCACCAUUGCAGGUUGAAUGAAUUAGUCCAACCAUUUAUUAACUAAUUGAGGGAGAAGAAAAAAUACACUAUGGCUGACGAAAUUUUCAGCACAACUUUGGCUUAUACGAAGAGUCCAAAAGUUACCAAAAGAACUACUUUCCAGGAUGAGCUGUUAAGAGCAAUCAUAGCCCGCUCGGCCCGGCAGAGGAGCUCAGAGUACUCAGACGACUUCGAGAGUGACGUUGUUUCCUUAGGUGAUUUUUCUGAUACCUCAGUAGAUGAAAAUUCAGUUAAGAAAAAAGUGAAUGAUUUUCAUCUGUCAGACGAUGAGGAAAAGAAUUCUCCACGGCCAUCUUUUUUGAAAACCAAAAAAUGGAACAGUGACAUAACGAGAGAGGAGCCAGAAGUCGUGGUCAAGGACAGCGAAAAAAUGGCACGUGAUGUUUGUGAAGAUACACUUGCAGAUUCCUUCUCGGAAUCUCAAAGUAAAGAUCAAGAAAUUGAGAAACAGAGAAUUACAAUAAAACCAAAACCCAGGAGUCUCCCAACCAAAAGCACCUCUUCGGCAGAAAAUAGCAGUCUCGAAACAGAUGAACACUUUAAGCCUUUACCUCGACCAAGGAGCAUGUUAAAAAGGAGAAGCCACGUGGAAGAGAAGGAAGAACUAGGAGAAGAGAAAGAAAUCGCCCUCAGUGAUGGCUUGGAUUCUGCGCCUUCCUCCCUUCCUGAGCUGGGUGUCAGGCAGCUGGAAGCUGAGAAAGACGAAUUCUCUGAAAACCUUGGUCUUGAGGAUCCGUCAUUUAAAAGCCCGUCGUCAUCCCUUAAAGACAGCCUUGGAAGGUGCUUUCCACCAGGAUCUGAGGAGAAGAUGUCCAGAAAAGAUCAGAAUGAAGAAGUCACUGAAAACCAUCAUUCCUGGGAACUAAAUGGAAACGAAGACAAUGCGGUUUUGAUGGACUGUGUCGCUCCUGAACUUGAGAACCCCGAGGAAAGUGAGGGGGCCACCGACGGCCGUAAAGAAGACGAGGAGGAAGCUGGGCCGGGGCGGGAGGAGGUUUUCGCAGCUGCACCCCGGCUGCCCAGAUCUCCAGGGCCCAUCGGGCCUGCCGACGCCACGGCCCCCGCACAGAAAACAGUGGAAGACAGAAUCACGAAGAGUAAAAAGUCAACAACGAAUAGAGCAUCCAGUGCGUCUGCCCGAUUAAUGACUUCUGAGUUUGUGAAGAAAUCCAGUUCUGUAAGGAGAACUCCAGGGUCAACUACCUCUUCCCAGUACUUAGGGACUUUGAAAGUCUUGGACCAAAAGCCUUCACAGAAGCAGAACCUCGAGCCUGACAAAGCAGAUCACAUAAGGGCAGCUGUUUACCAGAAGUGGUUAGAAAAGAAAAAUGUACACUUACAUGAAAAGAACAGAAUAAAAAGGAUAGAAAGUGAAAACUUAAGGAUCCAAAAUGAACAGAAAAGAGCUGCUAAGAGAGAAGAAGCAUUAGCAUCAUUUGAGGCCUGGAAAGCUAUGAAAGAAAAGGAAGCGAAGAAACUAGCUGCCAAAAAGAGGCUUGAGCAGGAGCACAAGAGGAAGGCCGAGGAGGAGAAUGCGCUCCGGAAGGGCGAGGCGCUGCAGGCAUUUGAAAAAUGGAAAGAGAAAAAGAUGGAAUAUCUUAAAGAGAAAAAUAAGAAGGAGAAAGAAUAUGCAAGAGCCAAGAGGCAGAAAGAAGAGGAAACGGUGGCUGAGAAAAAGAAAGAAAACUUAACUGCGGUUGAAAAAUGGAAUGAGAAAAAGGAAGCAUUCUUUAAGCAAAAGGAAAAGGAGAAAAUAAAUGAGAAAAGAAAGGAAGAACUGAAGAGAGCUGAGAAAAACUAUAAAGAUAAGCAAGCCAUCAGUGAAUAUGGAAAAUGGCUGGAAAAGAAAGAAAAGCAGGAAAGAACCGAACGAAAACAAAAGAAACAGCAUUCCUUCCUCGACAAUGAGGCCCUUCCUCCAUGGAGCCCUCCGAGCAGAACUAUGUUCUCAAAAGUGUUUUGAUAAUUUUAGAUAAUAUUGUUCAUCAUUUCCCAAUUUUAGCCAGCGGUUUAAAAGCCAUUUAUCCAAUCCUUUAUAGUCGCAAGAAUCUGUUUUAACUAAGCACUAGGCACUUCUGCUGACAGUGGACAAGAUACUUUGGAGUUCGGUUGGUGAAGGUAUUUUUCCCGCUGUAGAUAAAGCGCCUCCAGUGGAAAGCUGACCGUCAGGUUGCCCCGCCUUAAGAUGAAUAAAGGUCUCUCAAGCCCUGGUAACAUUCGAAGUGAGGUGAUCCACCAUCACUUUCCCUAAACUCUGCAUGUUGUUUAAGUGUGUUUAAUCCCAGUUUAAAAAGGGGCCUCAUCUGGGUAUGGCAAUCAGAGACAAUUCAGUUUGUGGGUGGUUGUGCAUCUGGAUUCAGGGUUUAAAUGAAUGGUCCCUGGGCAGGAGGUUCCGCGAAUACUCCGCUAACCUGAUCUAGUUCACAAAUUGCAUCUGCACUGUGCAAGUUAAGUGGACCGUGGAAACAGUAGUUCACUAGAACUGCGAUCUGCAAGGCAUUUUAAGAAUUGCGCCUUACGUGUUAAUGAGUGCACUUUAUCUGUUCAGGCUUAAAUGACAAUCGUAGUCACUUUAUAAUUACCUCACCUCUGAAAUUUUUCUCUCUAAAUUCAUCUCGCUUUGUUUACUACUGCAGUGAUACCAGAAGAUGUGUUUCCUGAUAGUGAUACACUGCACCUUAGUUCCGCAUAGCGCACAGGAGCACAAGUCGUUGUUAGCAACAUUUUCUGCACUAAAGCCAUAAGGCGACGAAAGCACUGUUCUUCUUACCUGACCCAGAUUUUUAUAGCUUAUAUUUAGAAGUUAGCUGACCAGGAAAGUGAAUUUGUAGAAAAUACCUGAGGAACCUUUACUUACUACUUGCUGUGUCCCCAUGCUCAUAUUAACUGGACUCAUACUUGACCGGGUCGUCUCUUCUAAGACGAACAUUUGUCUGCUCUCAGACUCGAAGUGCCGUUUCAGUCAGUACUGCAGUGUGGAGACGGUGGAUGAAAAGAAACGGUGACUCAUCUCUGCCGAGUCUUAGGAAUUAUCUGUUCAGGGCAGGUGUUCCUAGCCACAUUUUGCAGGUAGAAACACUAAGUCUCAGAAAAACCAAACAGCUUGCCAUACAAGUGAUGCGUGAUUAGGUCUGAACCCGGAUCUUGUGACUGUGCGUGAGUGUCUUCUUCCUAGAGCCCCCACGCUUGCUUCCUGCUCCCUGGGGCUGCAGAGAGUCUGUCUGCUGUCAGGACCUCAGCAGCCGUCAACUUGGCAAUCACAUUUUAACUCUCAGAGUCCAGAAUCCUGUACUGCUGUCCAGAGGUCUCUGUCCCGGAAGACACGGCUGCUGUCAUUAGAGGCGGUGGAUCUCACUAAAUCUGCGAGCUGAAAUUUUGAGAGUUCAUAAGAUUUAAGGAGUUGGACAUCUUGCAUCUAGUGUUAUGAUGACAGAAAACUCAGUAGUUGACGGAGUGUGGGCUUCAAGACUUCAAACAAUUUGAGGAGGUUUCACACACUGUGAGCCUUUUGCUGCAGGGUGUUGCGAGGUAAGAUGCCAUGGAUUGCUUUGUAAGCUUAUACCGUGGAAAUAAGAGGGAGUUUGUAGAUAAAACUAGAAGCCUUUUUGUGCUGCCGGAACUAGGAGAAUACCUCGUACAGUUGCAGUGGUUCCAGCAGUAGGCACUAUCAGCAUGAGAUUCAGGAGCUUUCUCACUCAGCGGUGUGUCCCCCAUAGUACCGAACACAUGGGUACCAGGAGAGCUUGUGGAGUGUUUCUUACAUUGAAUUAGAUAUUCAGAGCUAAAAAUACAUUUGCAGUUCCAGAGAAGUAAAAGGAAAACCAGGAAAAGAUGCAGUACUUUGGGGAAGCAGAAGCCAUAGAUGUGUGUGUCAUGGAUUUCAUGUUAUUUACUUAAACUUCCUGAUCGUUUUCUUCUACGUUAGCGUAUUGAGUGGCUUACUAUUAUUACUUAUUAAAUUGUGAGGAUUGGAUGAGGUUAAUUAAGAGGAGAAGUACUUGACACAACAUUAUAAGGACUUAAUAUUCAUCGUCGUCAUGUACUGCUGGAGCCCCACAUUUCCCCACCCGGUGACUGGGAUGAUAAACGCAGGUGAGGUUGAUACUGGUGUCUGUGCUGCACCAGUCAAAAGAGAGCAGCACUGCCUUGUAGUGAGUCCCCUCAAAAGGAAAUGAAGCACUAACCCGAGUGUUGCUUGUGACGGAGGGUGAAACAGACAUUAAGAUGCUUGCAAAGACAGCAGGUAAUUUCCCUCAGUGGGAGUGGGGAUUUUGUCCAUCGUAACAGCAGCUUGCGUCAACUUGUGCUGGACUUACCUGGUCGCGUGAGGCCAUCCCUCCCAUAGCAGGUGUUGGGGGGUGGGUGCAAACCCAGUACUGUACUGUUGUUUACCUCCUGCAGUCCCAAAUCUGAGCCCCAAAGGGGAGAGCCAAGCCUGGUAAUAUCUUGUGAAUGUAUUUAGCUGUUUAAGGGCUGUGGUUUUCCCGUAUUUCCUUUAAUGGUGUAAAAUACUGGUGUAGAUAUCCGUUCGAGUAUUCAUUAACUUAUAGUAUGAGGCGAUGCUGCACUCAUAUUAAGAACAGUGCAAUCCUGUUCUCAUCUAGUCUUGUAAAUUACAUUGAGCACCUACCUGAAUGAUGAGAUUUGAAAGAAAAUAUGAAUUUUACAUAUAUUUUUAAAGUUACUGAAAAUUUCCCUUGAAGCAUAUUUGUGGGUAAAUUUAAAUAUUAAUAGGAAAUGUAAUUGAGGACCUCUCUUAUUUAUUCAUGUGCCCCCUUAGCACCAAACAUAAAGCCUGCCAGGCUGAAUUGCUAAGUAUCUUAAAUUGACUUGAGUGUCCAAAGCUAAAGAUACUUUGUCUACACAUAGAAACCUGUACAUGAAAUUAAAGUUAUAACCAAGACAAACGGUAAUGUUGCAUAAAUGAAAAGAACUAAUAUAGCACUUUAGAUCAGAAAGAAUAACUUAAGGAUUUUUAAAGAAAAUAACAACUGUUCGUGAAAUAACAGUAUUCUAGAGGUUUGUGUUUGCAUCACACUUUGAAAAUGUUAGUUCACUUUUGGUUUAAUUUUAUCAAAACUGAUAUUCCUGUCAUCACAGCAGUAUAUGACAGCAGUUAUGUAUCCAGAGUUACACAUUCCUUAGUAUGCUCCACCACACAUCUGAAUGGGAUUUUCAUGAUUCAAUAAACUUGGUCCAAACUCUCUUGCUAAAUUUAGUGAACUGAUUUUCAAUAACUCUGACUGCUCAUAGGUCUAGGGUCAAAAUUCAGGAUUCCCAGGUGUACUCUGCCCAGUUUUCCAGUUAGAUAAAGCUGAUACCUAAAAUAAUAAGAAUCUGGAAAACUUCCACGGUAGCUUUUGUUCACUGUGGUUAUUGUUAAUUUAGUGGGGUGGUGUUCUUGCGUCUACUUUCUUUUCCCUCCAUUGUGCCUUCCGUUACUGUCCACCAGACCAAAGCUGUGUGGAUACUGACGCUGCUUUUUAAAGUGUAGAAAAUGAGGAAGUUUCUUAAAUCCUGAGUCAUGGACUGGGAGACAGUAGAGAAAAGGACAUUGGCAAAAUGAAACAAAGCUCACAUUAGCCAAAAUCAUUCCCAAAAAAACUCAGCACAGAAAACUCAGAUUUCCCUAAUUUUAUCUUGGUUCAGAUUUUAAUAGUGCUGUAUUAAAAGGUAUUUAAACCCACAUCCGUCCAUUCUACACAAAACAAAUACAUUAUCAAUGUUCCAAUUAUGCUGGUUCAUAGAAUAAUAAAAUAUGUAAAUGCUAAGCUGAAGGAUUCUCUGAGUUGUUUUACUUUAAAAUGUCAUGUGAUCAUGUUCUUUUGGGAUUUAUGUGCUACAUGUAUAAUGUUAAUUUAGGUAGAAAAGAUUAUUGGCAUUGAAUUUAUAAUGUUUUAGAAAGUAAUGGGGAAGAUGUGUUUAAUGUCUACUUUUAGGUAACACAUUUUCAUGUAGUAACUUAUUAAAGUCACCUAUUCAAGAUGUA